CAGCACUCGACACUCAGCACUCAACACUCAUCAAUCGACGCGGUGAAAAUCCCAAAAAAAAAAAAAAGAACAAUCAACCAAAAAUUGCAUUCAAAUUUUUUUUGUGUUUUUUGGUUUAAUAACAGAAAUUGUAAAUUAGAAAACGAAAAACGAAAGACGGCAAACAGAAAAUUAGAAAAUAUGUGUGCGUUGUUUUGGGGAUUUUGUUUACAAAAUCACUGGCAUGUAACGGUAGUUUGACGUGUGUGUGUGCGGGUGUGUGUGUUGCGUGUGUGUUGCGUGUGUGUUGCGUGUGUGUUGCGUGUGUGUGUGUGUGUGUGUGUGUUUGUUUGUGUGUGUGUGUGCAGAGAGCAGAGCGGUGAGCGGAAGCGGAAUCGUAAUGCAAAGGCGGCGUUAUGGCACUGCAAGGCUGGCGCUUUUUCGGUGUCUCGGCAACAAUCAUUAUCUAUAUAGGCGGUGUCCUAUUUCUAUCCAUGAACAAUAUACCCGGCUCUCAUCCGAAACGCACACGCAUCGAACGAUUUGCCGAGUUCUCCAGCUUUCAUAGUCCCCGGUUCCCAAUGCCCAGUCGCAAGAUGACAAUUCGCUGGUGUCGCGACCUCAAGUAUCUAAAUCGCGAUCUUCCAAAUUACACAGAUUACAAGGCGGGCGACUACUACACUGCUCUGCCCAGCGAUAUAAGUGCCAGUCUGCAGUUACAGGGUAUACAGGAUAUACAGGGUAUCUCUGCAUCACCCUUGCUGACCGCCUUGGCCAGUUUUCCGGGGAGUGGGAACACGUGGCUGCGAUAUCUGCUGCAGCAGGCGACGGGCAUAUUGACGGGCAGCAUUUACAAGGACUACGGCCUGCUAAAGACGGGCUUCCCGGCGGAGAACGUGUGCAAUAGCUCAGUAUUAUUGGUAAAGACGCACGAAUGGGGCCCCAAGGCCUGGGCGCCCUUCUCCAAAGCAAUACUCUUGGUGCGCGAUCCCGAAAAGGCGAUCAUCGCCGAAUUCAAUCGCCAGAGCGGCGGUCAUAUUGGAUUCGCAUCACCCGAUCGCUACAGGCGCACAAAGGGCAAAUAUUGGCAACAGUUUGUCAGCAAUAAGCUCAAGGGCUGGGAGACAAUGAAUCUCAGCUGGGCACGCAAUUUCACUGGCAGCAUCAAGGUUGUGUUCUAUGACGAUCUGGUGCACAACACGGAGCGGGAGCUGCGCCAAAUACUCGACUUCCUCGACUAUCCAAUCAAUGAGGCCCUGCUGCGCUGCGCCAUCAUGCGCAAGGAGGGCAUCUUCCGGCGUAAGAAGCGACUCCUCUCCUUCGAUCCGUAUACGGAUGCAAUGCGGGCGGAGCUAGGCACGCGUCGUCGCAUUGUCUACAGUUUGCUGGGCCGACAGGAUUAACAUCAGUUGGCCACUUAGCCACUUUACGAUUAAGAAUCUAGACUAAAUUCAUUUCACACACGAAGACGAUUUUUGAGCAACGAGCAAUAAGCAAAGCAAAGCAAAGCAAAGCAAAAAUAAUACUUAAAAACAAAAACCACCUAAGAGCAACAACAGUUCUAUAUAUAUAUAUAUAUAUUAUUUUUUUUUUUCUCCUCGCGAACACGUCUUUGCUGCUGCCCAAGUCAACAUUAAUUAGGACCAUAUUAGAUCACAAUCGAAGAAAAUGUAUAAGUUAUAGAAGAAGAAGAAGAAGAAGAAGAACAAGUAGAAAAAGAA